CCUAUAACCCAAUUUUGUAUUUGAAAGGAGAAGCAUUUACAUUACACAUCUUUCCGGUAGUCGUCAUUGUUUCGUCUCGUCUCCUUUUCUUCGCUUCACUGUUCUGAGAUCAAUCUCUCCUCCCGUUCUCGCCUCUCUUUCUAAAUCUCCGUAGCUACUAGCAGCGGCGAGCGGCGGAAAAUGCCACAUCUGAGGAUCGUGGAGGUGGAGCCGCCGAGCCCGAUAAGGUACCUGAUCGGCGCGGCUAUUAUGAUGAUCGGAGUGGUGUUGCCGGUCGGAUACAUGAUGUUUCGGAACAAGCGCGUCCCUUCUUCAUCUUCGUACUCCAAACAGACGUAGGAACAAAGUUUUGAUAUAGAGGGAUACCGGGAAGGAUAAGCUGCUUUUUUUCUCUAUUAUAUGUGGAGUGACUUUGCCUGUGGCUCAAUUUUGGAGGAGAAUGAGAUACAGAAGAGGGUCUUCUACAGACAUGUCCAACGGAGAAAAACGAAUGAAUGGAUAUGUGUUGAUAGUUGAAAGUUACUAGGAUUCUUCAGUUACUACUACACUUGUGAGUUAGGGAUUCUAAUCGAACUUGUAUGUGAUUUUGAUUCCCUUAUUGAAUGAAAUUGAUUGGUAGAAAUAGCAACUGAAGUCACUUUAGAGAUUUGAUCCCAUUUCAGUUACUGUUGCACUGUUGUGGACCUUCUGUAGCGGUUGUAAGAGUAAGACCAUUCCUUAAUUUCCACUGUUGAUCCUAAAAGUGGUCUGGACAGGCGAAGUUGCUUGGCAAAGUAAUUUGCAGUAUUGCACCAGCUGGUUUUACUAGUCGAA